GAGGAUUUGUUCCAUACAUGAGACUGGAAGUUCAUUAACUUCUCAAAGUAAUGGUUAUCUUGUAUGGGUACCUGAAACUAGUGGCAGCUUCUCUAUUUCCUCAGCUUUCCAAGAAAUAAGAAGAUCCAAGUCAGAAAAAUUUUCAUUCAAGCAUGCCUGGCACAAAAAACAAACAGUUCAAAUUCAGUUAUUCCAAUGGAAGGUCAUUCAUAGAUUUCUUCCUUUUUCGGAUAAUAGAGCUAGAUUUUCAGCUGCUAUCUUUCCUUCUAUUUGUCCUAUAUGUAUAAAAGAAUCAGACUUCAUGGACCACGUUUUAUAUCAGUGCUCUUAUGCUAAAAAGGUAUGGAAUCAUUUCAUGGGUGUCAUGGAAAUUCCUACCCCGGUUGGCAAAGGUUCUAUUAGACAAAUUUUUAUGGCCUGGUGGUUAGAAGCUGGGACUAAAUCCAUGGGGGAUAUCUACAAGCAUAAUCUUCCAGGAAUCAUUGCUUGGCAUAUUUGGAAGGCCUAUCAUGGUCUGUGGAACUUGGAUAUUGCGAUAUAAUGGUUGAAUCUGAUUUCUAGGUAGCAGUUUCAAUGAUUUCGGAAGGUAGCGUUGGUGGUCGAUGGAGGAAAAUGGUGGAGGAUUUGAAGAGUUGGUCUGUGGAACGGAAGGUUGCUUUCAGACAUAUCUAUCGGGAAGCCAAUUGGUCCGCCCAUUUUAUGUCCAAAUAUUUUCCUGAUGGAGGUGGAACUGUUUCCUAUUUUCGAUAUGCUGAACUUCCUAAUCAGGUUCGUAAGUCAAUUUUAGCAGAUAAAUUAGGAUUGGCUAAUCUUAGGCUUUAUUAAUUGCCUGUCUUUUUUAUUGUAACCCUUUGGUAAGGUUUGGUCCCCCAAAGGUUUUCUUUAUAUUUUUUGCUUUUGUGCAAUUGUCUUUAAUAUGUUUUAUCCCCUGUAUUUCUGGAAGGGAUGCCUUCUUGAGAGGUCUUGGUAUGGCCCCCUCUCUUUUUUGUAAUUUGUUCCUUUUAAUUAAUAAAAUAUGGCAAGUGUUCCC